AUGGAGGUGGAAGCCCCCCCGGCCACCCCCGAGCCCCCCGCCCUGCUGAAGACCUACAAGUGGCGCACGGGAGGGGACCCCGAAAAGAGCGGGGGGUCCCCGGGGAGCCGGCGCUGGGCGAGGCUGCAGGGCUGGAAACGCUCCUACAGCCACCCCGACACCGAGGGUGGCGACAGAGGUGGCGACAGGGCUGGCGACAGGGGUGUCCCCAAGGCCAGCGCGCGGCGCUCGCUGUUCCGGAGGGCGUUUUCCGCCCCCUCCAAGGCACCCAAGGGUGCGGGGGACACGAGGGGACAGCGGGGGACAGCGGGGGACACGAGGGGACAGCGGGGGGCAGCGGGGGACAGCGGGGGACACGAGGGGACCAGGCCACCCCUGCAGCGGUACCUGCGCGCCGUGGGCAGGAGGGGACGCGGCGAGAGCGGAGCCAGGGCGGAGCUGGAUGGGGCAGGUGAGGGGUUUGGGGCCACCUGUCCCUUGGUGUCACCUCACCCGUGGUGGCACCUCCAUGUCCUUGUGACCCCCUUGGGGACAUCGCCACCGCCGGUGGCCCCGGUGCCACCCGAUGCCACCGUGUGGGACGUGUCCCAGUUCUCGCUGCUGGACGGACACCUGGUGCCACUGGGCAGGGACGAGGAGGCGCGGUGGCGCGGUGGCGCGUCCCCCCCGGCUGGCGGUGCCACCUCCGAGGCCACCGAGCCGUGCCCGGCGGGCGGGAGGGACCCGGGCCCGGCCGAGCGCAGCCCCCGCAGUGAGACCCCCCCGAGCUCCCAGCUCAGCAACGUCAAGGGGCUGCUGUGGAAGAGGCUCCUCCGGGACAGGAAAAGCCGCGGUGGCACCAAAAGCGACCCAGGGGUGGUGACAGUCCCCGAGGGUGACAGGCUCCCCAGCCGCAGCGCUUCCCGCGACUCCCUGGUGCCACCGCCCGAGCUGGACCUCAGGGCCGCCAACGUCGUCGUGCGGCCGCUGCACGGCAGCGUGGUGGGCGAGCGCUUCUGCUUCCAGGUGAUCACGCCCGAGGGCAGCCGCUCCUUCGGCUGUGCCUCCCUGGCCGAGCGCGACCGCUGGAUCGAGGAGCUGCGCCGGACAGCCCAGCCCAACAAGGACAGCUGCGAGCGCCUGGAGCUGGCGCUGACCCUUUGGGUCUACGAGGGCCGGGACCUCCCCCCGCGGCGCCGCCUCCGCUGCCACCUCCAGCUGGACGGCGCCGUCUUCGCCCGCACCACGGCCAAGCCGGCCGGCGCCGACGGCCAACUCUUCUGGGGCGAGCUCUUCCAGUUGGCCGCGCUGCCGCCGGCGCGCGCCCUCACCGUCGCCCUGUGCCGCGACGACCACCCCGACUGGCAGCCGGUGGCCGCCGUCACCAUCCCGCUGGCCGAGCUGGCGGCGGCGCGGCAGCCCCUGGAGCGUUGGUACGCCCUGAGCGGCGCCGGCGGCGAACGGGCGCCGGCGGUGCGGCUGCGCGGGCGUUACCGCGAGGUGAGGGUGUUGCCCAUCGUGCGCUACAAGGAGUUGGCCGAGUUCAUCACCUUCCACUACCGGGAGCUGUGCGGCCGCCUGGAGCCGGCCAUCGCCGCGCGGCACAAGGAGGAGCUGGCCGGCGCUUUGGUGCGCGUCCUGCAGAGCACCGGCAAGGCCAAGUCGUUCCUGAUCGACCUGGGCGUGGCCGAGCUCGACCGCUUCGAUGACCACGAGGCGCUGAUCUUCCGCGAGAACACCUUGGCCACCAAGGCCAUCGACGAGUACAUGAAGCUGGUGGGGGCCAAGUACCUGCAGGACACGCUGGGGGAGGUGGUGGCCCAGCUCUGCAGCUCCGAGGAGAGCUCCGAGGUGGACCCCAGCAAGUGCUCGGGGCCGGAGCUGUCCGAGCACCAGCAGCACCUGCGGCAGGUCUGCGAGGAGACGCUGCGGCGCAUCGCCGACGGCUCCGAGUCCUUCCCGGCAGAGCUGGGCGAGGUGUUCGCGGCGUGGCGCGACGAGUGCGCGGCGCGCGGCAAGGCGGCCAUCGGUCAGCGCCUGGUGUCGGCCUCGCUCUUCCUGAGGUUCCUCUGCCCGGCCAUCAUGUCCCCGAGCCUCUUCGGCCUCGUCCAGGAGUACCCCGGCGAGGCCACCGCCCGCACCCUCACGCUGGUGGCCAAGGUCAUCCAGAACUUGGCCAACUUCACCACGUUCGGCGAGAAGGAGCCCUACAUGACCUUCAUGAACGACUUCCUGGAGCGCAGCUGGGCCACCAUGACCGAGUUCCUGCAGGCCGUGGCCACCCCAGAGGCCAGCGCCCACAUGGCCACCUACGAUGGCUACGUGGACCUGGCCCUGGAGCUCGCCACGCUCCACCUGCUGCUCUGUGACAUCUUCUCCAGCCUCGACCAGGCCACGCAGGAGGAGCUGGAGCCGCUGCCCACCAUCCUCAGGGCCAUCAGGGAGGGGACACCUGUCCCCGUGUCCGUCCGCCUCAGCUCCACCGCCAGGAGAAGCCCCUCGGACCCCCCCAAGCCGGGCUUCGUCCCCCCGCGGGACCUGGGCAAGCACAGCCCCCUCAUCAAGAGCCAGUCCCUGACCAGCGUCCGGCGCGGCCGCGGCCACGACGAGGUGACACCGGCCGUGGGGACGGACCCGGAGCCAUCCCCGGAACCGUCCCCGAUCCCGGUACCGGCCCCGGUGCCGGCCCGGCGACGCCGCCACGUCCAGCGCACCCAGAGCGUGCCGGCCCAGGGCAAGGCCGCGCGGCGUCCGGCCAAGCCGGACAGCGCCGGACACGCGGCCGAGGCCGCGGCCGAGGAUGGCACGGGGCCACCUGUCCCCGGCGAUGGCCCGGUGAGUGCUGGUGGCCACCGUGGCACCCCCCGGGGGAAGCUGCGCUCGUCGGCGUCGCUGCCGCGCAAAUCCACGGUGCCGUGGCAGCGCCUGGCCGAGGACUCGGUGGCCCCGGGCGAGCUUUACGCGCUGCGGCCGCUCGAGAAGCACGGGCGGCUGCUGGAGGCGCUGCGGGAGGAGCUGGCGGAGCUGCGGGAGCGCCUGGAGCGGGCGGAGGCGCGGGCGGCGCGGGCCGAGGAGCAGCAGCGGGAGCGCCUGGAGCGGCUGCGGGAGCGCCUGGACGAGGGCGGCGCCCGCGCCGCCAACCUGGCGGCCAGGCUGACGGCGGCCGAGGGCGGGCGCAGGAAGGACCUGGAGAGGCUGAAAACCAGUGAGGAGAGGGGCCGGGAACUGGAGCGGCGGCUGGCGGCGCUGGAGCAGGAGCUGCGCGGGGCCCGGUGCCACCCCCGCGCUGUCCCCGUGUCCCCUCGGGGCUGCCACCAGCCCGGCGACGACGGCCAGGCCACCAGCGUGUGACACCGCUGUCCCCAGAGUGUCCCCAGAGUGUCCCCAGAGUGUCCCCAGAGUGUCCCCGAGGUGUCCCCGAGGUGCCACCCCCCCCCCCGGU